UUCAGUAAAAAGCAGAUAGAUGGUAGUAAACUGGUUAAAGUGGGAGAUAGUGGGGCUGUUUACCCACACUUUAGCAAAGUAUCACGCCAACUUCGUCUGCGUCUGUUAUCCAUAAAAAAACAACGGAAUGGUGUGAGUGUCCAGCCGGGAGGAAAACCACUCUGAUAUCUGCAUCCACGGCAGCAACGACUUUAACUUCAACCAAGUUUACUUGGACAUUUUCUGGAGACUCUGCAUGCUGCGGAUUGAAGCUGACUUCCUUUGGACGGCUUCAUAGAGAGGAAAACCUUUGUGAAAAGCAAGAGAAAGGCCUGUCCGCCCAUCUUCCUCAUACUGGAAGCUGCAGGAUAGUGACAAAAUGGCAAGAAGAUCCCCCAUUCCCCUGUUACUCCUUGCAAUAUGCUGCCUGGCAUCUGCAGGGCCUUUGUUUCGCAGCCCAUGCGAGCUGCUGCCGGUGGGGAUGGGACACCCGGUGCAGGCCAUGUUGAAGAGCUUCACCGCCCUGUCAGGCUGUGCAAGCAGGGGCACCACCAGCCUCCCUCAGGAGGUCCACAUCAUCAACCUGAGAGGACAUGCUCCAGAGGGACCAGACAACACUGCGGCAGAAGUUGAGCUGCAUCUGAAGCCCAUCCAGUCUUUGCUGCGCCACCAGAAGCCACUGGUCUUCGUGCUCAACUCCCCCCAACCACUGAUCUGGAAGAUCAAGACAGAGAACCUGGCCCCGGGCAUUAAACGUACCUUUCAUGUAUCUGAGGGCUCAGAGGUCCACUUUCAGCCAGGAAACAUCUCCCUCUUCUGCCAGAUCGAGAAGGAGACCCUUCCCAAUGGCAAUGAGCACCUCCUCAACUGGGCCCAGAAGAAGUACCGGGCAGUCACCUCUUUCUCUGAGCUCAGGAUGACUGAAGACAUCUACAUCAAAGUCGGUGAAGAUCCAGUGUUUUCUGACACCUGCAAGAUUGAUACCAAGUUCCUGUCUCUGAACUACCUGGGCGGCUAUGUGAAACCACAGACAUCAAAGGGUUGUGUCCUGUCUGGGCCCGACAAAGACCGAGAAGUCCACAUCAUUGAGCUCCAAGCCCCAAACUCCAGCAGUGCUUUCCAGGUGGAUGUCGUAGUGGAACUACGGCCUCUGGAGGAUGAUGCCCCGCUGCAUCGUGACGUCGUCUUGCUGCUCAAGUGCGCCAAGUCUGUCAACUGGGUCAUCAAGGCCCACAGUGUGAUCGGCAACCUGGACGUAGUGGCCUCUGAUACUGUGAGUGUUAGUUCAAACACGGAGAGACUGAUGCAAGUGUCAAAAUCCCCCAAGCAGCACUUGCCAUCGGGUCCACAAGCCCUGAUCAAGUGGGCAGGGGAGCAUGGCUACGGUCCAGUCACGUCUUACACCAGCACUCCUGUGGCUAACCACUUCAAUAUCCGACUCAGAGAGCCAGAUGUGGUGGAUCCUCUGGAGAGCAUGUUUCCUCCAGAGCUCUCCAUCCUGCGCGACACCAGCCUUCAUCCAGGAGCUGCUUCACGACGCUCCGGUCUGCCCUUUCCCUUCCCUCCACCGGUGCCUCUGCCCCCCUCCCUUGAUGAUCGGCCCUGGGAAGACAGAGAGCCCGAGGAGCCCCAGGGCGUUCUGAGUGUUGGCCUUAGUGUGCAGUGUGAGGACACGAGGAUGGUGGUCAGCAUCGACAAAGAAAGCCUGCAAGAAAAUGGGUUUACUCAUGCCAACCUCACGCUCCAAGACCCAGCUUGCAAAGCAACAGUCAAUGCCACCCACUACACACUGGAAACUUCUCUGACUGGCUGUCAGACCAGCAUCUAUCCCAUGCACGGUAGCCCAAUGGCCCUCCACAUCAACUCUGUUUUGAUAAGUCAUGCUGAGACUAAGGAUGGGAGUGGUGGGCCGACGGAUUAUGAGGAUCUGGAAUCUGGAGACCUGGUGUUACCGAGGGAGCCAGUGGACUUAGGGAGGACAUUUACGGAGCCCACAGAUCACCAGUCCGUCAUAGUGUUCAAUUGCACAUACCGAAAGAACCAGGAAACCUCAGAAACACUUCCCAGGAUUGUACCGGGACCAGGGAGGCAACCGGUCAACAACAUGACGUUCAACAUGGAGUUGUACAACACACUGCCAUUCAACAACCCCUCACGCCAGGCCUUCUACACCGUUUCACAGAAUCAGCAAGUCUUUGUGGAGGUCACAUCAACCACAUCAGAUCCGGAGCUGGGUUUCACCAUCGUAUCGUGCUUCAUUUCUCCUAACUCCAACCACAUCGUGCCCUCAGAGUACACUCUCAUUGAGACAGUCUGCCCCAAGGAUGACUCCGUCAAGUACUAUUCUAAGAGGGACUUCCCUGUUCCUCACAUACAGACGGAGAAGAAAGGUUUCAGCUUCAUCUUCAAUUCAGACUUCAACAUGUCCCUACUUUUCCUGCACUGUCAGAUGUCUCUCUGCUCCAAGAGAUUCCAUAGCAACCAAAGACUACCACCGUGCUUACAACCCAGUCAGACCUGUGACUCUCUUACCGGGGAAGAAGUCAUGGUUAUGAUGAUGAACUCCAAGAUGUCAACCAAGCCGCUGGUUGUGGUGGAUGGAUCUGCUCAACCAGACGAAACAACAACCCGAAGCCCAACGGAUGCUCCUUCUGAAGAAAGAACACUUUACAUGCUGGACACUCCGACAGUGGUGGGCAUCGCAUUUGCAGCCUUUGUGAUUGGGGCUCUGUUGACCGGAGCCCUGUGGUUUAUCUACUCCCACACAGGUGAGACAGCUGGCACACAGCAGGUCCAGAAGUCCCAGCCCGCCUCCGAGAACAGCAGUGCGGCCCACAGUAUCGGCAGUACGCAGAGCACGCCCUGCUCCAGCAGCAGCACGGCAUAGCCCAGGACGUGACCCAGCGGGGACGUCGUGGCACAGGAAGAGCCCAAUGGUUCACAGGGACCGGUUUGUUGAUCUCCUUCCAUGACAGGAAUUUUUCUUUUGGGGGAUGCUAUAAGAAGGAAAAACAUAUGAUUUAAAAAAGAAAGAAGACGACACACAAUAACACUGUUGGUCCUUGUGCAAAUUCCUUUUGUGCCACUUCAAGUGUGUGCAGACAAAUAUACUGUCCUGGUGUUAUUGGUCUGUAAUAGUAGUUAGCCUACAAGACUACAAGAAACAGGUUUAUACCAGGCAUUUCUUUUGAAUCCAAAUGCUGCUUUUUUCUGACCACAACACAGCCUUUUGUUUCUGACCUUAAAUGGCGUGAUCCAACAGCAAGGAAAGCAAUCAGGCAGCAGUGAUGUCAGUAUUAGUAAGUGAGAUGUUGAUGGCUGGACUAGAACACGUUACUUUAUGACAUGCAGCCCUGCAGAUGGCAAAGGGAGUGAAGCAACCACUAUUAUUAACAUACGGACAAAAGUGCAGUAUGAGCAAAAGUCGUCAUCUUGACACAGAGAGAUAAUGGCUUUUAAAAGGCAGUGUAGGUAUUGAAUGUAUACAGAAGAUUAAACGCCAACAAAUGUGAAAGUUAAAUGUGAAAGAUAUGCUGAUAAAAAGCCCCAUUUUAUAAUGUACUUAUUUCACUCCUCCCUGCAUAAUGGAUUUACACACAGGUUGAUAAAACAUGUUUUCCCAGUGCCUUCUAUACAGUAGUUACAAAAAUGCAUUUCUGUAGAUGAGGGUCUGAGUCUCAAUUUCACUGAUGUUAUGUAAUUUCACAGGGGCAUUAUGGGAUCCCUUUUACUAUGUUGUUAAUGUAAUAGUUCAACAUUUUGUGAAAUACGUUUAUUUGAGAUAAGAUUGAUAGCUCUCUCAUGUCUGUGCAUUCAGUACAGAGCUCGAUACAGGAGGUUAAUAGCCUAGCUUAGCAUGAAGUCUGGAAGAUGAGAGAAACUGUUUAUUUUGACAUUUAACAAAACCACAAAUUGUCACGUUACAUUUCUGCCUGUGUGCAGAUUGAAAAAACAAGAUACAAUGUGUUAAUUUGUUAGCAAUAGGGGUGUUGGUGGGUGUAUUUUUGAGCUUUGGCCAAAGCCAGGUUGGGCGUGAUUAGCCUAGCUUAGCGGAAAAAUUGAAAAGCAGUGCUAAAAAGCUAGCCUAGCUCUGUCUAAAGCUAAACAAAAUACACCUGCCUCACCAGCUGUGGCCAGACUAGCUUUUACCCCCUGCUUCUAGUUUUCAUGCUAAGCUAGGAUAAUCACCUCCUGGCUCCAGCUCCACACUCAACGUACAGACAUCAACAUUUUCCAAAAUGCCAACCUUUUCUUUAAGGCCUGUAUAUUUUUGUGAAUAUUGUAAAUACUCGAAAAUGUUCAGAGGCAGAGAGUGCAAAUUCUGUUACAGUGCUUCUGGAUUAGACCAGUGAUUUACCAGAGUGAGAUGUUAAUGAGUUAAUACCAUAUCUCAUUUUAAAAGUGAUAACAUAAGAAUCAAAGUCUCUCAAAGACUGAUUUAUUUGUUGAUUGCUUUUACUUUUAUCGCUUAAUCAUUUAGUCUACAAAAUAUCAGCAAAUAAUGAAAAAGACAACAGUUUACAACCAUAAAUAUAAGAUUUAAAACACAGAAAAGCAGCCAAUUCUCAUAUUUGAUCAACUGUAAAAAUGUAUAUUUGGCAUGUUUCCUUGAUUAAUUGACUUAAACAAUGAUUAUUUUCUCAAUUAUUCAACUAAAUGUUUCAGUACUUAAUUACACAUUCAGCUCAUUAUCCUCUUAUCAGACAGAGUAGAUUAUUAUUAUUAUAAAGCCAAAUGUACAGAUUUUUUUAUCCCAGUUAUUUUUGUAUAAAUCUUGGCACUGACAGCGUGUUGAAUAAGCUGAAGCUCAUUGUUAUGAACAUAUAUUUUAAUGUUUUCUUCAAACUGCAACACCACGACUACCCCACCGCCUCAGAAUACUAUGAAUGUUUGCUGUAGUGCCUUCCUUUAGCCUGUGUGUGUUUCUGUCAGACUGUGUGUGGGGCCCUUUGACCUCAAAAAGGGACGUCUCCCUGUUAACCGUAACAAAAAACAGAAUGUGUAUUAUCUCAAAGCUUUUGAUUUCUUUUUUUCUUAUGUAAACAUGUAUAAAGCUUUCUACAGAGGGAACAGAGUAUAAAUAUAUAUAUUUGUGUAUAGAAUUAUAUUUUGGAAUAUAUUUACCAAGAGAAAUUUAUUGUCUUCUAUGUGUGUAAGUACUGUGAAUUGUGGAUGUGCUCGUAUACAUAACACACAUUUGUGGGGGAAUUUAUUCAGUUUAUUCAUAAAAGCCUCACGGCAUGUUUUUUGACACUUUGACUGAUAUAAAUGAAAUAUUUAUAGAUGGAAAACAAAAUUAUUUAACGUUUUAGUAAGGAAUACAUUGUGCUAACAAACUUUUGGAUAUCCACCUACAUUUUAAAAAUCCUUGUUGAUAUUAAAAACGGAGUUGACAGGGCACUGACAUCAUGUUUAUUUACCUUUUUAUAUUUCAUUUCUUUAUCAAAGAAUGUGUCAUAAAACAUGUAAUGAGUUUGUAAUGAAUAUUAUGUAUAAAGGCUUUUCAAACAAAGCAUUACUUUCUUCUGUACAUGGAAUACAACUCUUUAUGGUCUGUUUAAACAUUAUUAUAGAUGUCAGCUAAUGUUUGGGUGGAAUUUCCCCGUUUGGCAGUGCCGACUCAUUAUUGAAGUUGUUGCAGAUUGAUUGCUGAUUAUGUAUAAAUAUUGUGUUUACUAACAUAUUUUCAUGUGAAGUAAAGAAAUCAGAUGUUCUAUAACUUUUGCGAAAUUAAUAUAUCUUAGAAAACAAAUUUGAUAUCAUUGAAGAUAAGCUGUAGCAACGAAUAUUAAACUAUAUAUUUUAACAUAAUAUUAGUAAAUGAUGGAGUCAAAAGCUUGAUGCUCAGUUACUGUAUUGUCAUUAGAGAUGCACCGAUUGUGAAAUUCUGGGCUGAGUUGGAAGUAACCAAUACAACAUUUAGCCAGCACAAAAUUGAUGUGACACAAGACCCCAUAUUAAAAUGCCCAACUUUACAGCAGAAUGUCUACAGCCUGGUACAAAGAACAGUUUUGGUCUCUGUAACUAAUUUCCCUAUUCAUGACAACGGUAGAUUUCUAUAUAACUCACCCAUUUAAAUUAUAUGAAGGCUUGUAGUUAUGCAUAAUUAAGAGGAUGGCCGCUUUGAGUGACAGGUGGGUGCCGUCGCUGGAGGCUGUUUUCAGUAAUCAGGCCUCAUUCAGCCCAGGCUCCACUUAAUGCUCAUUUUUGGAUUAGCCGAGAGCCUGCACAGUCAGAACUUCCAAGAUGGCGACAGCCAGAGCCACCACACUUUGAGCUUCACAACGGCUCUUCAGACAACCUAUGGGUGAUGUCACAGAGACUAUGUCCAAUGUUAAAUACACAGUCUAUGGACACAUUGAGCACUUACGUCUGUGAGUGCUUUACUUGCUAAUAGGCUGAUGUCAGUCAACGUUCGGCCAAUAAAUCGGUGCGUCCCUAACUGUCAUAUACAAACAAAACCAAACUUGUUUGGGUUCUGUGGUCACAUCAAUGAUGUUUACCCCCUUAAAUAAUGAAAAAAAAUGAAAUCAAGGCUAAACCACUGAUGGCAGCAGUUAAACCAAAUUUAGAGUGGAAUGUAUAAUAAGCGUGUACAGUCAGAAUGGAGUGUGGAGAAAAUCCAGCUGUUAUUUUGUUUCUGGAAACUUGACUGUUUUCAAUAACACUUGAGGAAUCAUUUUUAUGGAGUUGUAUUAGAACCACUCGGUUUGAGAGCAACAUUAGAACUUGUUUGUUUUAUCGGGCCUGUUGCCAGGCGUGUCCAUGCCAGCACCCAGUUGAAACCUCUAUUCAGUAAAGCUCAUGUAUGCAGUAAAUACACAGCAGUGAUAUGCAGUGCACUGUUGCUGUUAUCAAGCAGCAUUAUUGUGAACAACAACAACACUGUGUACAGAAUACACUCAGUGAAAGAUUCAUGUCUUGCAGAGUGGAAAUGUGCCGCAGCCUAUAAUCAGCGGUCGUUGUUGGAUUAAAGCUUUCUGACAUUCCUGUAGUUUUGAGGUCUCUCUUAUCGACUGUGGCAAAUCCAUCUCCCGUACUGUACGUAAUCAUCUCCUCCACUCCUGCGUGUCAUGCUGUGGCUGAGCCUCAAGUAAUGUUCUGGAUCUAAUCUUCUCAUUUGAGGUAAUUUGGGGGAUAUUCUUUUCACCCAAACUAACGAUACAAUUCACCAGAGUUGCCGUUCAAAUAUCAACAUUCCUCCAUAGCCUUUUGCCCCGGUGCACGCUGGGGAAAAAGCUCCACCACUUCCCCCAUUAAGACCAUGACUAAAUGUGGUAUUUCAAGAUAAUCUGAAAUAAUGAUGCUGUAUCAGGCAAAAGGAGCAUUUUUAUGAAAAGUGUGCAGAAGUAGUAAAAGAUGCUGAUCUGAGAACAGCUGUAAUUGGAGCACAAAUCCAUAUAUCUAGUUAUUGAUUGUAUUUUUUUUUAACCAUUUAACUACCUCAUGUUUUUCUAUGAAUGUGUAACUUGUGUGCUAUGUGUGUGAGUGUUUUCUGUGCCAAGAAAUGCUUCUAGGUUAUACUGCAGUUGGGUGAUUUUGAGGGCCCCUGCGUGGUUUUAUUGUAGUUUCACGUUUAUUUUCCGUUCUCAAAGCGAACGAUGAUUCGAGCUUACCCACCAUGCCAAGAUCGCCUUUGUUUGGGCGUUGUAAAUGUGUAAAACUUUAAUUAGCUGUUAUUGUCUCCUUUUGGUUUUUGAAACUUUUUAUAAGCUGUAAAUACGCAUGAUAUUUGUAUACCCAUUAUGUCCAAUAAAUGUUCUUAAUAAUUUA